AUGAUUAAUUUGGUCCUCUCAUCAUCAACCCGCCAGUUGGAGCUGGCUCCUCCGACACCCACUGAACCGGCAAGCCAGCUCAGCCUGAAGGGAAAGUCGCCUCACAGGUUCAUGGAAGAACUAGAGGAUGAAGCGGGAUUCCGCCUCAUCCAGGCAACCUGGAAGCAGGAGGCUGGGGAGCCUCGCCUAGCGGUGCAGGUCUACGCUACAAGACUGCACCGCUGGCUCAACACACAUGCCAAACUGAACCUCCCGGCCAAUUAUGAAUGCAUUUUGGCCCGAGCAUUGGCCCCUUUAGCCCGCGAAAAUGGGUUAAUUCAAUUGGACGACUACACCGAAUACCAAUUGUUCCACUAUGCCAAGUGGGACAGCCAGCGGAUCACAAUCUCCAACUCUGUGAUCCCCUCCUUCCCCCUCAAUGCCGAGGGAAGGUACCGGCCCCCGUCAACGGGCUCCUCGGAGAAUAUAUCGUAA